AUGGCUGCUAUUUCUAGUUGUCCGCCACUCAUCCGCCAAUCUGUCCUCGAUGCCCAUGAACGAAUUAAACCAUAUGUUCACCGCACUCCAGUCCUCACGUCGAACACACUAGAUGGUUUGGCCACUUCAGCUCUAGAUCAUCCAUGCAAAUUAUACUUUAAGUGCGAAAACUACCAGAAAAUUGGAGCUUUCAAAGCCCGUGGCGCAUUCCACGCGAUCAGUCGUCUUCGAGAUGAUGAGCUCAAGAAUGGAGUGGUCACUCAUAGCAGUGGGAACCACGCCGCCGCAUUAGCCCUCGCAGCUCGUACCCGCGGCGUAACGGCUCAUAUUGUCAUGCCUUCCAUAUCUCAGCCGAACAAAAUCGCUGCAACUCGCGGCUAUGGCGCCAAUGUCAUCUUCAGUGGUAGUACGUCGCAGGAACGAGAAGCCGUCGUUUACGAAGUCAUCGAACGCACCGGCGCAGUUUUGGUACCUCCCUAUGACCACCCGGACAUCAUCUGCGGCCAGGGUACGUUAGGUAUCGAGUUGCAGGAGCAGGUACGCGACAAGUUGAGCACCGGAAGUGAAGAAGAUACCCUUGACGCGGUUGUGGCGCCAUGUGGCGGUGGAGGAAUGUUGUCGGGUGUUGCAUUGUCGUUCGAAGGACAAGCCACUUUCGUGUUCGGCGCAGAGCCUUCAUUUCAAGGAGCAAAUGACGCGGAACGCGGUCUUGCUGCGUCCCCUCCAGAGCGUGUCCUCACGGUCAAGUCACUCACCAUCGCCGACGGUCUUCGUACACCUUUGGGCGAGAUCACCUGGAAGGUCAUCAGUAACAAGGGUCUGGUUCAGGGAGUAUUCAGUGUGAGCGAGGAGGAGAUUAAGGAUGCUAUGCGUUUAGUCAUGGAGCGGAUGAAGGUGGUGGUAGAGCCCAGCGCGGUGGUCGGCUUGGCGGUGGUGUUGUAUAAUAAGAAGUGGCAUGAAGAGAUGAGAAAGCUCCAGACAGAGAAGGAAAAGACCGGACCCUGGAAGAUUGGGAUAGUUCUGUCCGGUGGGAAUACGACGUUGGAAGCGUGUGCUAAGUUGUUUGGAGGCGUUUCGGAGUAGUUAAGAGUAAGG